UCGUCAGUUCGGUGAGUGACGUAGAUGGAAUAAGUUGUGCUUUGCCGUCGCUCGCUGUUGUGCAUUGAUUGGACGUCGGAAGGAAUCUGUUGUGUCCCCUUUUUCCUGUUACCCUUUUCCGCGUUGUGCAUUGGAUUAUCGUCUGCAGAAGCUCAGCGGAGCAUCGUGUGGAUAUAUCAUUAAAUUGCAUAUUGUAAUCAUUUGGAAUUUUAUGUGAAGUUUUUUGUGGAAAUUGUUUUUAUUUUCUGUUGGAAUUCCCGAUGAGGCCUUUGCUGCUGCAGGAUGACUCUCGUGUUGCCUUUCGGAGGUGAUCAAAUUACCAAUAAUCCAUUGUUUACGGGCUCUGGUAGCGUUCGAAAUUCCAACAUGCCUUGCGGGUUUGAUGGAGAGCCAUUGGACUUUGAAUCUGCAUUGAUGAGAGAUUGGUCCGCGGAUAUUACCGAUUAUAGUACACCGUCAGAAGAUUCUUCUCUGAGGACGCCAUCUGAUACCAAUGACUUGAAGAGAAAAAUAUCAACCGGCAUAAGUGAUUCUCAUCAGUCAUGCUCCAAAAAGUCGCGAAUCGAAGAGCAAGCGGCCACACCAUUGCAGUCGGACAUAGUAUCAUCGUCGUCCUCCACAGAUCAUGGAAAUACCAUUACAUCAUCCAUAUCAUUUGUUCAGACACCACUGGUCAAUAGUGUUGCCUCUUCAUCGUCUUCAUCAUCUUCAUCUUCAUCUUCGGAUGGCCAGGAGGACGAUAAUUCUGCCGAAGCUGACGAUGAGGAUUACAUUCCUCGUAGAAGAGGCCCACAGAUGUGGAAUUCUCGUCAAAGGUGGAAAGAUGAAAGGAAAAAAGUGCUCAAAAUGUCCAUAAAUAAAUUGGCCGAGAUAGAGGACCCCGAACUUUGCCUUCUUAGGUCGGUCCUAAUCAAUAAUACGAUCAAAAAGUUACAUUUGGACAUUCGAAACGAACGCCAAGCUAAGCUUCGGCAACGUCAACAGCGGAUGGACUGUUUUGCUGAGCGAUUCCAGCCUUUAAAUAAUACUUUAGGUAAUGUAUCUUCGAACCAUUUCGCAACGGACUUUGAUUCAAAUGCUAAUAAUGGACACUGCGGCAGUGAAGUGAAAGAGUCCACGAACAGUAAUCAUUCAAAUACGUCUGAUUUGUACGAUGAAUCAUCGUGUGAUGAAAUUUUCGGCAUUAGCGAAGACUUCUUACGUGUCAUCAUUCCAGACAGGCAAGUCUCCAGUCCCAUUCCGACUAGCCCUGUCAACCAGUCGUGCAUGAGCGAAACGGCAAUGGACACCAGUGAAGGCACCAAUAACAGCAGCAACGAGGAGACGAUGGACUCUGUGACAGUGACCUCCCGUACCACAUCUGACAGUGCCGAUUGCCCAACGUCCUGUUAUAACAAUAACACUUCUUCGCCAUCCUGUGAUAGUGCAGUUGACUGUGCAUCGCCUUAUUAUAAUAGCCGAAUACAAAAUAAUUCUCAGACGGUUACUUCUAUGACAUCGUCGCCAUCGGCGGUCUUCUCUCCUUCCUCCCCUUCCCCCAGCAGACGACUUGUCUCCACCGGGAGUAGCCAGUGUGCCACGCAGUUUAGAACUAAUCGCGAGCUUACUGGCGGCAGCAGCGGAGGAGGCACUUUUACUCCAAGUUUUCCUGUCUUAGAAUCCGUUGUGUAUCACAGCCUCAUGGCAACUUUAGAAACAUCGUCGUGAACAUCAGUCAUUUCUGCGCCCCCGCUUUUCUCCUUUUUUAUUGUUUGAGGGAUGCAUUGAAAUAAGAAAUAUUCUGUUUUUAUUUAAAAAAAUGAGCUUGACGGGAUAAACUUAAGAGUUAUUUAGGUUAUGAGGAGUUGAAAAGUAGUUUAUGGUAUUUUAAAUUGAUUAUUUAUUCUUUGAGUAAAAUAAAGAUAAAUGCCAAUUAUGUAGCAAGUGAAAUGUAAAUUAUAUUGCUGUAUUUGAAAGAAUAAUGAAAAAAAAUUUGAUACUUUCCUAUUCUUGUAAAAAUAUCCAAUGGUGUAAUAUCAUUGUACAAGUUUUUCUGUGAUUGUAAAUCUAUCAAAUUAGGCUGAAAUUUUAGAAAAAGCUAGGUCAGGCUAGAAAUACAUGGAUUGAAUGUUUAGCUGAAUGAAGUGAAUGUUAUUUAUUCAGCAAAAGUAUCUUAUGCCAUCAUCUCAUCAGAUGUAUUUUUACUCAUAAGAGAAAAUUGAUAAAGAUUGGUAAUUUUUUGAGUUCUUUCAUAUGCAUAAGUUACAGAUGUAUAUUUUAUGGUAGUAUGAGUAUUAAAAAAGGUCAUUAAUUCACAUUUACACUAAAUAAUUUAUUUUAAAUUCAAAUUCAGUAUUAAUGUGAAGUUAUGGGACCAGAGUUUGACAUUUUGUGAUUUGCAUCAUAAUUGGCAUAAUAUCUAAAAUAUCAUUUUCUUCCAAUUUAAGUGUCACAUUUCUUGCAUCAGUGUGUUCCUCACUUGAAAGGAGAAGUCACCCUCAUGACAAAGGUUAAAGAAAAUGGACUUCGGUUGUGCUCUGUAAAAGCUUGUAAAUACAAAAUCUUUCUUUCUUGCUUAAACCAAUUUAGUCAUAAUUUCUAUCUUAUUUGGAUGCUGGUUUAAGCAGUUGAAUAUCUAUGUGAAGUUUCAGGCCGAUUCUUACCAGGCAAUGACCAUACUGCUGGUUUUGAGUUUCUAAUGAAGAUGGCAAAUUUUAGGGUAACAGAAUGACUUAACAAUAUGAGAAGAACAUUUUCUUCAUGGAAAUUAUUAUGACAUUUAUUUUUUUUAUUUAUUUUAAUGUUAAUAAAAAAGUUAAGCUUUGAAAAUCUAAUAUUUUCUGCAUGGAAAUUUUUAUUACAUUUAUUAUUUUUUUUAUUUUAAUGUUAAAAAAAUUAGCUUUGAAAAUCUAUCUCAUUAAAGAUUUAAUUCAAGUAAAUUACAACAAACAGUUAUCAGUAAGCAGUGAAAAAAAUUUAAUGCUAGAAAUUUAACAUUAAAAGAUUUUCGUGAAAAUUCAGACCAGCAAUCUAAAUUAGAAAUUCAUUUUUGACAUUUCAGUGUGUUAUUUGUGAAUUUUGUCAUUGAAUUGUUAAAUUUUUUUUUUUCAAGAAUUAAAAAUUUUCUCAAAUUAAAAAGGUAUGAUUCAGCUAUUUUAAAAUACUGCUGCUGCAUGCUUUGACUGGUGUAGCCUUAGUUACAGAAGGGCAUUUACAUAGUUUUCUACAUUAUGCACAGGGAGUUUCAUAGGUAUAAAAUAAUAUUUUUAUUACACAAUUGAAAUAUUUGAUAAAUGCAAUAGUGUAAAGUAAUUAAAAAAAAAAUCCUUUCUGAAUGUUUUGCAUUUGCAGCUUUGUUUGCUGUAAAAACUCAAUCUUUAAAUCUCUCUGAAAUUUCCAUUGUAUGUGUAUUUUAACUAUACGUAUGUAUGAAAAUGGACCAAUACGCAAUUAGAAACAAAAAGUUUUAAGAUUUUGUGUUAACUGCUAAAAAGCAACAAUUUGCAGAUAAUUUUUAAGCACACAUGGCCUGGAAGAUUGGUGGUAUUGUAAGAAGAAAAUGUCAUUGGUAAACAAUAUCUACAGUUUCAAAUUUAAAUUCUUUGUAAUUAAUCAUGUACAAAAUGUAAUUAAUGCUUAAAGUCUAGUGGGUUUUUUUUUUACUGAUUGCAAAUGCAGUAAAGUUAUUUCUGCUUGUUAAUUAUUUUGUAAUAUGGUUAAAAGUAUAAAAAUACUUAGUAGUUUUUUUUUUUUUUAUUUUAUUUUAUUUUUUUUUUUUCUAAAAUUUGUUGUUUAAACGAAAUGUGAAACUUUUCUAAAAAUUGUAGUUAUUCAUGUUUUUUUAUUAUUCUUUCUGUAUGAACUGUAUAAUAAAUAAGAGUACCUUUUAAAACUCAUAUUCUAUGCAGAGCUUCUCAAACUGGUAUAAAUUGUGUAGAAAGUAUUAAAAAUUGCAGAGAUGUUUGGG